CCUUUUACUCAUUUCUUACAACCACAACAACAACAAUUCAUAAAAAAACUAGAAACAUCAUACAUACAUGGCGAAAGACGCGGAAGGAGCAGAAGGAUUUGCGGCGAGGGAUUACCAAGACCCGCCGCCUACACCAUUUUUCGACGCGGAGGAGUUGACAAGAUGGUCCUUAUACAGAGCCGUCAUCGCCGAGUUUGUAGCCACUCUUCUCUUCUUGUACGUCACCGUUUUGACUGUCAUUGGCUACAAGAUUUCGUCCGACACAGCCGCCGGUGGAGUUGAAUGCGGCGGCGUAGGAAUCCUCGGCAUCGCUUGGGCUUUUGGUGGCAUGAUCUUCAUCCUUGUGUACUGCACCGCCGGUAUUUCAGGUGGUCACAUAAACCCGGCGGUGACGUUCGGCUUGUUCUUGGCUCGCAAGGUAUCGCUGAUUAGAGCGGUGCUAUACAUGGUGGCUCAAUGUUUAGGUGCGAUUUGUGGAGUUGGGUUUGUCAAAGCCUUUCAGAGCUCUUACUACGUCCGUUACGGAGGCGGAGCCAACUCUCUAGCUGACGGAUACAGCACAGGGACUGGACUAGCUGCAGAGAUCAUCGGAACAUUUGUUCUUGUGUAUACUGUCUUCUCAGCCACAGACCCCAAAAGAAACGCACGUGACUCCCACGUUCCCGUGUUGGCGCCACUUCCGAUUGGGUUUGCGGUAUUCAUGGUACACUUGGCUACUAUUCCGAUCACCGGAACAGGAAUUAACCCGGCGAGGAGUUUCGGAGCUGCGGUUAUCUACAACGAGUCCAAGCCGUGGGAUGACCACUGGAUAUUCUGGGUGGGACCAUUCAUUGGAGCUGCGAUUGCUGCAUUUUAUCACCAAUUCGUCCUAAGAGCUUCCGGUUCCAAGUCACUCGGAUCCUUCAGAAGUGCGGCCAACGUUUGAAUUCUGCCCCACACACAUACAUACAACAAAAGUGGUUACUCUUUGUAUAGUAUUUCGGCAAAUGAUUUUUAAAAUAUGCCCUCCUUUCCCUCGUGCGUUUUUCUUUUUUUUGGUUCCUCUACUUUCUAUUUGUGUGAAAUCCAAUCAAUGGAGUCUAGUGUUUUACGUUUUCAUCUUCGCAAUGUAAGUUCGUUUACUUAGAAAAAGGUCACUUUGCUUAGCUUA